AUGGAUACAACUGCUAACGAAGCCGCUCAAGUGGUAGCAUUAAUGGAAUCAGGGAUGCGUCAAUGUGAUGUUGCACGGCAACUAAACUUGAGCCGUUUUGCCGUUCGACGAGUUUUCCAACGUUAUCAAGAGACUGGUGGCUUUAUCCGGAGGCAUGGAUCAGGCCGACAACGCUGCACAACGGACAGAGAUGAUCGUUUUAUUGUCUCGACGUCUUUGCGCAAUCGAUUUUCCNACAAAAAAUUGUGGCCCGCAGACCUGCUACCGGUCCGAAACUGACUGCACAGCACCGCAAAGAACGGUUACAUUUUGCCCGUGAACAUUUUAAUUGGACGCUUGACCAAUGGAAGACUGUGCUCUUUUCUGAUGAAACAAGGGUGUGUCUAUACAGCAAUGACAAACGAAGGAAAGUAUACCGAAGGCAGGGCGAACGGUUUGCACAAGCCUGUACCGAGGAGACAGUGGAGUAUGGAGGUGGAUCAUGCAUGUUCUGGGGCGGCAUUUCCAUCGAUAGCAAGACCGAGCUUGUGUGCGUUUCCCGAACUGGUGGCGCUCGAGUACAAGGAUCGCUAACUUCUGAUCGAUACAUUACAGAGAUCUUAGAAGAGCAUGUGGUACCAUAUGCGGGUUUUGUUGGAGAUGGGUUUAUACUAAUGCACGACAAUGCUCGUUCCCACACCGCAUUAAUUGUAAAAAAUUAUACGGAAGAGGUUGGGAUCCCUGUUAUGAACUGGCCAGCGAGAAGUCCAGACCUAAACCCAAUUGAGCACCUCUGGGACGAAUUAAAACGAAGAGUGCGGUCACAUGAUCCUGCCCCAACAACCCUCCAAGAUCUUCAAUAUGCUGUUGUUGCGGAAUGGGUGAACAUUCCUCAAGAACGCAUCGUACGACUCAUAACUUCUAUGAAAGAUCGUAUGGAAGCAGUAAUUAAGGCAAGAGGAAGUAGCACUAGAUUUUAA